UGAAGUUUGAGCAGCAGAGCAGCGACUAAAGGAGUACGAUCCACAGGAGCGCUUCCAAACCUGCAAAAGGGAUUUCCUCGUCUCCCGUUUACAUUCCCCUGAAGUAGUUUGUUUGGAUCUCCCGAGCUUCUUUUUAGCGCUUUGAAAGGAUGAUGUUCACCGCUUUCAACACGGAGUGCGACUCUUCCUCCCGGUGCAGCACCGCGUCCCCGUGCGGGGACAAUCCUGGAUACUACCCGUCACCGGCGGGGUCUUAUUCCAGCAUAGAAUCUCCACAAUCUCAGGAUUAUACUGAACUGACAGCAUCAAGUGCCUCCUUCAUACCCACAGUCACAGCCAUCUCCACAAGCCCUGAUCUGCAGUGGAUGGUGCAGCCUCUGGUCUCCUCCGUGGCCCCCUCUCACAGAGCUCACCCCUACAGCUCCAGCAGCCCCAGCCCAGCCUACACCAGCACAGCUAUGAAGUCUGCAUCCAAGGUUUCCAAGAGAGGCAGAGUGGAACAGUUGAGCAUUGAGGAGGAGGAGAAAAGAAGAAUUCGCAGAGAGAGAAACAAGCAGGCAGCAGCUAAAUGCCGCAACAGGAGGCGAGAGCUUACAGACACCCUCCAAGCUGAAACUGAUCAGCUGGAGGAUGAGAAGUCUGUCCUGCAGAAUGACAUUGCCAACCUGCUGAAGGAGAAGGAGAGGCUUGAGUUCAUUCUGGCCGCCCACCAGCCAAUCUGCAAAAUCCCCUCAGAGCUGGACACAGACUUCCACCUGUCUUCCAUCUCUCCUGUCCACUCCUCCAUCCCCUCUUCCCAGCCUGUAAAGUCCGCCGUCACUUCUAGUCAGCCAACUUUCACCUCAGCCUCCAAUUCCCUCUUCUCCAGCAGCACCCCCAUCCUCUCCACCACAACCAUUUCCAACAGCACAGUCAAGAUGACCGACCUGGACUCGUCUGUCCUGGAGGAGUCUCUCGACCUGCUGGCAAAGACGGAGAUGGAGACGGCUCGUUCAGUCCCCGAGGUCGACCUGCCCAGCUCCCUUUACACAAGUCAGGACUGGGAGCCCCUCCACAGCUCAGCCAAUAAUGCUGACUUUGAGCCUCUGUGCACACCUGUCGUGACCUGCACUCCAGCAUGCACCACCCACACGUCUUCAUUCAUGUUUACCUUCCCAGAGGCUGAGACCUUCCCCUCUUGUGGCGUCGCUCACAGGAGAGGAAGCAGCAGCAACGACCAGUCCUCCGACUCGCUCAACUCCCCAACCCUGCUGGCCCUUUAAGGACUCUUCCUGGAUACAUCGUUCUUCCUUAACAAGCACAUUCUCCUCAGAUAUACGUGCACAUCACAGGGCAAUAGCACAGACUUGUACAUGGAAGCAUAAUUCUUAAUGAUUUUAUCUGCCUUUAUAUACAAAUAUACUUGCCUAUUACACCAUGUAGCAAGUUAAUAAGCAUGUUUCAAACAAUAGUCGUUCUAUGAGUUCCUCUGAUUAUAUGGUGCUAGAUAACUAAACGUAUUGUUUACUGAUGUGUUUUAAGAGCAAUACUUAUUUAUUUUCUGUUAAACUAGAGUAAUUAUGACAUGUUUGUGAUAAAAAGACAGGUGUGAUUUUGUCUUAACCAUGGUCUGAGUGGUCUUUAAAAUAUGAAGUUUUCUGUGAAAACAUUUGUGCUUUUAAUUUAUGAGAGUUUUAUUUUUUUACAAAGUAUAAAAAUGUUGUUAUAUAUGUGAAUAAAAUUUAGCGAUAUUUAAAUUCA